AUGAUGAGUAGAAGAUACGCGGGCGGGAAGGGCUUCUAUGCGCCGAGUAACACUCCUUCGGACCAACCUCAGUUCGUAUCCUGCCAGAGGCUGCCAACGCCGUCGACGACAGCGGCCAUUCGCCGCACAGCAAUCGAGUUGUUUCAGGACGCUUGCUAUUACAUCUGCUAUGUCUGCAUCGUCGUAUUCAUCCUAGGACUGAUGCUACAAGCAGUAAUGUAUGGCAGUUUGCAAUCGCCCGGCGGUAGGUCAGCUGCCAUCGGUCAAAGCCUCACACAUUACGACAUUCUUGGCGUUGAACCCGAGGCCGAUCAAGAUACUAUAACAGCAGGCUGGCGUCUACAAUCGGCUACCUUCCAUCCAGAUAAGGCAGCGGGAGGAAACACAGAAGAGACCCGCGAGAGAUACUACUGGAUCCAACUGGCAUACGUCGAAUUAUCUGACCCUCUUGCACGAUGCUACCACGACCAAUACAACGGAUUCUUGCCACGAGGGUGGGGCGGAGAUGACCCAUGCACUAAGAUAUUGAUGCAGAGAGAGAAAAAAUCGAGAGAAUUGGCCGAAAACACACCAGAUACCGUGAGGGAGGAAAUGCUGGGAAAGCUGGUGAAGGACUAUGGGGUGUCGGUUAACUGGCUGAAAGUCAUGAGGAAAAAGCGAGAUGGACGGGAGUGGAAGGAUGCUGGAUGGUUGAAACAGAAACAACUUGCCCUUUUGGCGGCUGUUGAAGAUUACGGACAGCAAGUCAUCGCUUGGAAAUACGUCGGGGUGGGAUUUAUACUCACUAUGAUCGAGCACUACUGGAAAUACUUCAUCCCAUUGGGGAACAAGUAUGCUCGCGGGAUUCGGCGACGGUAUGCUCCGCUUAUCGCAGCAGUGGCCGAGUUUUGGGAAUCUUCCUUCACUUCGUAG